UGAUCAUCUAGUUCCGUUGGGGAGGAAUCAUUCUGGUAUAUCGUAGGCUACGAGCAGUCUGUGCAUUGUUUUCCGCCGCUUUUCGGUUUGCUAUAAGUACUUUCGUACACCCGAUCAAAACCCGCUGGACUAUCUAAGUCUCAAUGGAUUCUCACCUGAAAUUCGUGAUGGUGUUUGCUCUGGCUGCAGUGCUCAGCAACGCCAACGCUCGUCCUACCCGCCCAUUUCAGGGUGCGGAUCCGUGCGGCGAGCCUCCAUCACCAAAUCGCACUUCGUUACGCCAGUAUCUGGUCAUCGGUGAUUCGAUCAGCAUUGGAUACACACCCCAUCUAGUCCCUCACAUCAACACAACGUUUGAAGUACAGCACAUCCAUAUCAACGGUGGAAACUCGGACCGCGGCAAAACGUGUCUGACUCACUGGCUGGGCGAGAAUCACUGGGACUUCAUCAGCUACAACUUCGGCUUGCACGACAUCGCCCAUGACGCUGAGCAGCUCACUCUCCAGCAGUACACUGAGAACAUGGUGAACAUCACAGAGAGACUGAACAAUACAGGUGCAAAGCUGCUAUGGGUCGACACCACUCCCGUUCCGAAUGUAGCUGUCUCGCCUGAACGACAUGACAGUGACGUGAAGGCCUUCAAUGCUGCUGUUGCCUCUAUCCUCAGUAAGUACCAAAUUCCCACGGACGAUCUGUAUGGAUGGGUGGAGAAGAAAUGCGGCGAUGGUUACAGUUCCUGCCCGGGCAUUCAGCUUCCGAAAAAUGUUCACUACACGCCAGCAGGCUACGACUAUCUCGUAGAAAGUCUUCUCGUCUCAAUCCACACGAUCUUUCCACCACCACCACCCCCGCCGAGGCAUUGAGCCAUCGAGAUAUUUUCCACCGGUUUGUGUCUUUAUGUUCGUAUAACGUGUGCACAAGCCUGAUCGAACUAGAUAACAUGUUUUCCAGCAUUUUUGUUCCCUGAACGUUGUUUUUAGUACUCUUUACGGGCAUUCCCAAUAUCCUAUUAUGAUGUUUUCAUGUGACAUUCACAGAAUGACAUUAUUCUCUCACUGUCUUCUCACCAACAUCAUUUAUCGUAUUCGGCUUGGAGAAACGUGCCAGCAUCUUACACGACACAUUCUUAGUUUGACAUGGGGAUUCUCACUCUCCGUAUAGCGUGAAUUGAACCCGGUAGGCCUGCAGUAGUUUACUAAAGUCUUACAUUCCCCAACACCCCUCACAAGUGCUGGUACUAGUACUCUCCACACAUACACACAUUUAUUCCACAUAUUGUUUUCCUUCGCACUCUUCUCGUCACCUUCCUACAGCACCUCACGGCAUAUCUACUCAAUGUGGGCUUUUUUCUUUCACUUUGUUUUAAAAGUGUUACGCUUCACCCUAA